CCGGAAUGGAGCCGCAAUGACUCAACUGAAGAAAAAAUCUCCAUAUUAGACUUCAUUCAAUACUUCUGAAUACUUCCAAUUGGUUGUUUUCAUAUUCAUUUACAAGGGCCGUUGGCUUGGGGUGACUCAACAUCAACGAUGAACGAGUCUGAUUGCAGCGUUGACCUUUUGAAGGCAUGAACGUGGAAAUGAUUGGCUCACCGCUACGUGGUGGUUCGUUUCCUGCAGGUUCAACCACUCCCAGAGCUCGGUUAAGCGCGAGCUUGGGCUCCUUGGGGGCAGGCAUUUUACAACGUUCACGAAAAAACGCGAAAGACUUCACUUCUGCAAUGUUUUGGGCUGGCUCCCUAUAUAUGGGAGUUGAUCCCCGUGAUGUUUUGAUUCUGUUCAGUACAUCACUUUUUGUGACUUUGCAUAUUUUGCGCCAUAUAUUUGAAAGCAAUCCGCAUCAGGCUAUUAGCCGAAACGCACAUAUACCCCAUCAUUUCAGAAGUUCAAACAACUUCUACAUUAUCACUUCAAUCCUUGUAUACAAAACAAGUCCAAUCACCCCAUACUCAUCAUGCCUGAAUUCCACGACGCAGUUGUCACUCUCCUCGAUGCCUUUGCGCACGGCAUCUCCACCAUCAAAACACAAAAAACCCGCCGACCCAAAAACAGUUCUUCCUCCAGCCCAUCGCCAGAAAGACUCCUGAGCAAAUCUCUCAAGAAAAACAGAAACAAAGUGAGAACCGCCUAUGAACAAGACUUUGAGCGAUUCGGUUCCAAGUUCGCAGUGGGCGAUGGUAAGUCUGCUCAUAACUAUACAUCCCAAGUCUGCGAAUACCAUCUAACUCACCAUUAGAAGCAGCACGCGUAAACUUAGCAGGGAUCUUGACCCGUCUAACUACAGGUUUUCUGUCCGUCUUUAACCGCUUUCUUCGCGGGAAGAGUACGGCGACUGACUAUCAGACUUUGUUAAGUCUCUCGGAUGUCUCGCGUCGUGAGACGAUUCGAACAUUUGACAUGCUCUCAGAAAGGCUGAGUGCGUCCAGCUUGGAGCUGGCGACUGCUAAGGAGAAGGAUUACUCAAAGAAAAAGCGUAAGAAGGGACAUACUACCACAUCGAAGAGUUCGAGUGCCAGCCGAGCGAUUGCGGCCUCGAAGGGUGGUAGGAAGAGGAGUAAAGGGAAGGAUAAAGCCGUGUCGGCGUUAGCUUCUGCUGGGGUAAGUUAUUCCUUUCUGAUUGUUGACUCUUUUUCUUCUUGCUUUUCUUGGUUUGAUUUCGGAAAAUUGGUGUUGGCUUGAAUGUGAUUUUGAUAUCUCGUGACUGUAAGAAUGAGACGAAGCAGAGCGCCAUUGGAUUUUACGGUCUCAGUGAGCCGAAACAAUCGGGGAGGAAACCAACGAUGUUUCUUUUACAUACCCUGUGGCUCUAAAACUUCCGUGGCUCUAUUGAGUGGGAGAUGAUACCUGAUACCUAGCCCAGAGCGACUGUGUAUAGAACGUAAAGUACUUCAUGUCGAGCUCUGCGGUACAGAUAUAUACUUAUCUACGUACCAUAAAUGAUGAUGGAAGUUUGGAUGACUGUGUGAACAAAUCUAAAGGAGUUUGAUAUUUUUUCAUGAAUCCUAUAGACUUGAUCACACAGUGACUCCAAAGUAACUACAGUUUACUUGCGUGGAGGAUGUUAAUGUCAUGUUCUAUGUUUUUAAGGGAGGGAUCAAAAACUCCUUUCCCUAACUUUCGUUUUGUCCUCACAACACCUCACUACUUUCUCAACUCAACCUUAAAACAAAUACCUCCAUCCAAAUACUAACCUCAUCCAGUGGGUCCGAGCAAAACCAAAACACACCUCCAGUAGGAAACUUUCCAAACGCACCACCACCAUCCCCCUCCACCUCCUCGAGGCCCCUUCAGCACCCCAACAAGACCCCGCAAUCCUCGCACCACCCUGCACACCCCCACCUCGCUACGACUAUGACCCCAAUCCCCUCUCCCAAUACCAAGUCUACCAAAUCCCCCAAAUGCGCUCUCAAAUCCGCAUGUCCCCAGAUACCAAAUUCCCACAACCCUCGCUCAGCAACCAUCCCGCAUUCCGCUCCCAACAGCCCCAGCCCUCAUCGGAUUCCAAAGGUCCGCCCUUGGAUCUUAAGCGAUCUCUCGCAAGGAAGGAGCUUAACAGAAAGUCGUAUAUGAGUUUCCAGUCGGAUAGUACUAAGUUGGGCGAGAUUCCGGAGUCUAGAUGGAGUCGGCCGCCUGUUGGGAGGGAGGGGAGGAAGGAGUUUGAGGUUCAGGCUUAUUUUCCGCUUGGGGGUAAUACUUCUCCGAAGCCUGCUAAGCAAUCUAGGCUGAAGAGGUUCUUUGGGAGGUCGUGAAGUGGUUUGCUUCGCUUACAGUCAUUAAGUUUCCUUUGUUUUCAUAGCGGAAGGAGUAUGGUGGAGUUGAUUUUCGGAUUUUUUGGACACGGGCAUGUCUCUCUGAUUUUCUUUUGUUUGGGAUUCUUGGGGGUUAUCGCUUGAUGAUUGAGAAGACCUCGAUCUCAUUUAGGAGCUUUGGUUCGGCGUUGAUGGAUUAAUUGGAAGUGAUGAGUUGAUAUUCGUAAAUAGCUGUAAUAAAUUGAAAUAAAUCAUUG